AUGGAAAACACCAUUUUCAACGAGAUAAACACCGUCUUGGAGCAGGAAAGAGCCUCCUUGGAGGAGAAAAGCAACUUCUUGGAACAGAUAAACACCGGCCUGACGCUGAGAAGCACCUCUCUGGAGCAGAAAUGUUCUAUCUUGGAGAAUAUAAACACCGCCUUGGAGCAGGAAAACGAGAUCCUGGAGCAGAAAAAUACUGACUUGAAGAAUAUGAACACCGACCUGCAGCUUAAACUGGAGCAGCUGAACCAGCAGCCACCUGAACAGAAAAUCAGCGAAAACAUCAAAUCAGUUUCAGAUCAGCUACAGAAGCAGCCUAUAUUCAGACGUGUCAUCACUGGCGUUUCCAAUACCUUCCUGAAAAUGUACCAAACAGGUACUCUCAGUGUUGUGGUGAACCUGGUUGAGACCAGCACGGCCCCCAGUGGGAUGGAACUGGUCAGCUCCUAUCAGACCAACAGAGUGGGGGACCCCCAUGGACCCCCACUCUGUUGGGGGUCCAUGGGGUCCCCAACAGAGUGGGCAAGUGCAUGUCACAAUGCACUUGCCGAGCAAGUGCAGAAGGGGGACGACUUUGUCAAAGCCAACGCUUGCAACAAACUGACAGUAAUCGCUGACCAGAUCAGGUACCUGCAGGAGCAGGCCAAAAAGGUUUUAGAAGAAGCAAAGAGAGACGCUGACCUCCACCAUGCUGCCUGUAAUAUUGUGAAAAAGCCAGGCAACAUGUACUACUUGUACCAGCGGCCGUCUGGACAGAAAUACUUCUCCAUCAUCUCCCCUAAGGUUGGUUCCAUGAAACGUGAACUUCGAGUUCUGUCACCUUCAUUCAUUUUUAUGCAUUAUCUAACACAGUGGUUGGCAAACUUUUUUCAGUGA